CAUCGGAACAUCGGUACAUCCGCCGACACCCCAGGACGACGUGGGAGAGCGACGAGAGAUGCAGACCAGCGUGCACCACACCAGCCUUCGGGCUGCGCCUGCGACGCCCUUCAGGGCCUGCAAGACUCGUUUCAAGCCUGUCAUGAAGGCCGCACCGCGCUGCGACAGCAGCAAAUCACAGAACGGCGCCGCUGCCACCGCCGCCUCGCCCACCGCCGCUAGCAAGCGCCAGCUGCUGUCCCUGACAGCCGCGGGCGCCGCAGCCCUGGCUCUGGGCGUGGCGCCCAAGGCACUGGCCGAGGAGCCAGAGGUCGCUCUGCCCAGGGUGUUCUUCGACCUGCCUGCAGGCUCCACCCCGCUGGGCCGUGUCGUGAUGGAGCUGCGGCCGGAUGUGGUGCCCAGGACGGCGGAAAACUUCAGGGCGCUGUGCACCGGCGAGAAGGGCAUCGGCCGCUCCGGCAAGCCGCUGCACUUCAAAGGCUCCUCCUUCCACCGCGUCAUCCCGCAGUUUGUUUGCCAGGGCGGGGACUUCACUCGCGGCAAUGGCACGGGGGGCGAGUCCAUCUACGGAAGCAAAUUCAACGAUGAGAACUUCCAGUUGAAGCACACUGGCCCCGGGGUUCUGUCGAUGGCCAACGCCGGCCCCAACACAAACGGCAGCCAGUUCUUCAUCACCACGGUGGCCACCCCCUGGCUGGACGGCAGGCAUGUGGUGUUUGGCAGCGUGGUGGAGGGCAUGGACGUGGUGAAGAAGAUUGAGGGCUAUGGCUCCCCCAACGGUCGCCCCGCCCAGCCCAUCAUCGUUGCCGACUGCGGCCAGCUCUAGUAGACAGCGAGGCGCCGUUGAGUUUAGUGUUUUGAGCGGCCAGACACGGGUGGCGUUGAGCACCUUGGAUUCAUCGGCGCCCUGGCACUGCACCUGUGACACCUUUGACUGUCAGCGAAGCGGCAAGUGAACAUUCGGCGUGCGAGGGGCUGGCGCACAGAGUGAUGGUGCCCGGCGGCGGAAUGGAAGAGCGCAGACAGACAGUAAGAGCGAGCUG